AAAAGUAUAUUGAGAAUUCAAAAACCGGAGUGCUUUAAAAAAUGCUGAUUAAUGUCACUUGCUUCUAAAAUUACUUUUACUCUCUGCACAGCUUCUAGUCUUGGUAUUAUAUACUAUGUCCAUUGGAAGCAACAAUACGAUAGAGAAAAAAUGAGGGAAGGUGUUAUAAGAGAUAUCGAACAACAACAAAUGAAGAAAACACAGAAUUUAUAUUUAAUUGAGCAACAAAAGACUUUAGCGUCCAAGUACAAAGAAACUGCAGGAUGAAAGGUGAAAUUGGUCUUUUCAACAGGGAAGGUGUAUAAAUUUUAACCAGAAUCAUUUUAUCGCCAAGUUACAGUAGUAGUUUUGUUUGUCUGUAAUUUAUAAUAUUUCAUUAUUUUAGUUUUAUGUUGUAUUGGCAUAGAAAAUUGGAUUAAUAUUUACAUUAAAUAAGUGAUAUUUGUCAGAUAGAGUCAAUUAGUUUUUCUUGGAUUU